AACGACGUCGUGUUCUGUUCAUCGCUUCAAGGCCACGGUCAACAGCGACACCUCGUGUACUGUCUCCUUACAUGCUCCUCCAUUCAUUCCCUCUCCGACCGAUGCGUCACUGAACUCUCCAACUACACCUCUUCCUUCAAACCCUACGUUAGUGCAACCCCUAACGCGCAAAGCCUGGCACGCUCGCCAACCAGCAUCACUUAGCUGGUCCGCCCCGGCAAGCCUUCACCUCGCAGCUCCUCUCGACUGCUAAGUCAACCAUACAAAGCUUCGCGACUCCAUUUCCUCAAUAGACCAAUUUUUGGGGAUACCGAUCGAUUCAAACGGCAGCAUGCGCCUCUGCUUGUCUGGCCUCGCCGCUGUGACGGUGCUGGCCUCUGCCGGCCAAGCAGUCUCGCCCCAUGACAUCCCGGCCGACUUGCCCGUAUCCGCGCUCCUGACGUCGGCGCAGACCCAUCUGGCCAAGGGGGAGACGAGCGAUGCCCUCGUGUACUAUGACGCCGCCGUUGCCAGGGAUCCCAACAACUACCUUACCCUGUUCAAGCGCGCAACUACUUAUCUGUCGCUCGGUCGCUCCAGCCAAGCGACCGACGACUUUCACAGGGUCCUUGCCCUCAAACCUGGCUUUCAAGGUGCUUACAUACAGUUGGGGAGAAUCAAGGCCAAAGUCGCCGACUGGUCUGCCGCCAGGGCCGAGUACGUUGCUGCCAGCAAAACGCCGGACUCGCCCGAGCUCACGGAGCUUGCCGAGGCCGAAGGCGCAGCAGCUCUCGCCGCGAGCGCGCUCGAGGCUCAGCAAUGGGACGAAUGUGUGAACCAGGCUGGUGUUGCGAUUCUGGUUGCGUCCAGGGCCCCUUCUCUGCGUGAGCUUCGCGCUAGGUGUCGAUUCGAGCGAAGCGAGGUCGAAGAGGGCAUGGGAGAUCUCCAACAUGUCCUGCAUCUGCGACCUGGUGACACCAGCCCUCACCUUCUUAUCUCGGCAACAACAUUUUACGGCCUCGGAGACUUCGAUCAUGGGCUCGCCCAGGUCAGAAAGUGCUUGCACUCGGACCCAGACUCUAAGGUGUGCAAAAAGCUCCACAGGCAGCAGAAAGCCGUCCAGAAAUCCUAUAGCAAAGCGGAGGCGCAGCUCAGCAGGGGUCAAACAACCACGGCCGGUCGCACUCUUGUCGGUACAGCGGAAGAGCCUGGCCUGGUUUCGAUCAUUCGUGAACAAGUCGAAGAUCUCCGGAAGGAUGGGAGGAUCCCCCCGAAGGUGCGCGCACGCUUGUAUGAAAUGGCAGUGGAAAUGACCUGCCAGGCUUAUUCAGAAUCAAAUCAUAAGGAUGCCGCCAAGUAUUGCGAGGAAGCUCUCGAGCUGGACGCCGACUCGUUCUGGGGUCUCAUACACAAGGGCAAAAUCUUACUCAAGAAGGAGGAGUUCGAGGCCGCAAUCCGGACUCUCGAGAAGGCGGCCGAGGUUCGACCAGACAAGCAGGACAAGGUCAAUCCCAUCCUUAAUAAGGCCCAAAUUGCUUUGAAACGGAGCAAAUCCAAAGACUAUUACAAGGUCCUCGGUGUUGCCAACGACGCCGACGACAAGCAGAUCAAGGCAGCGUAUCGGAAAGCGUCAAAACAGUUUCACCCGGACAAGGCCGCGAAACAAGGCGUUAGUAAGGAAGAGGCGGAGAAGAAGAUGGCCUCCAUCAACGAGGCUUAUGAGGUGCUGAGCAAUCCCGAGCUUCGGGCUCGAUUUGACAGAGGAGACGAUCCGAACUCGCAAGAAACGGGUAGUCCCUUUCAGGGAAAUCCCUUCGGAGGCGGGCAUCCUUUCAUGUUCCAUCAGCAAGGCGGACCUCAGGCCAACUUCAAAUUCCAUUUUGGCGGUGGAGGCGGUGGGCCUUUCGGCUUUUGAGACCAUCCUCCAGGAUAUAUCCGGGGCACUUGCACUUCCUUUGACUUUCGUCUGUCUAGAGCAGCGUUUUUUUCUUCUUUCCCUAUCGAGCAUCCUCCCUUUGGACGAUAACAUCCAGCCAAUAGAGCCGGCCACUGGACACUUGUGAAGGGCUGCAGUGACCAUGUGUGUCAGGCCAUUCCGUGCAUGGACCGCCCCCUCCCUCUCAAAAAUUAAGACCGUAAAAUCUUGUGGCGGGCAUGAACAUGCAAAGGGCGACAUCGAUUAGGUCGCGAUCAGUGUACAUAUAUGACCUAUCCAAGCA